AUGACUCUGAUAGACCCUACUGACUUUAUUGAAGCUGAAGAAGGAGUGAACUCCUUAAGAUUUGAAGAUGAAAAGCAGCAAGCGAAGUUUGAACUUGGUGUUUGUAUGUGCGUUUAUAAAUGGGAUGAGCUAAACACUGCAGUUACAAAUUCCUGGGGUGGACCAAAUUCCGCCGAUAAGAGAGACUGGAUUUCUGGUAUAGUGAUAGAUUUAUUCAAUGAGAGAAUAGUUGAUGUUCAAUUGAUCGAAGAAACUUUAUUGUAUGCUAUGGUUGACGAGUUUGACACCGAAGUUGACAAUGAAUCUGCGCUUGUUAUUGCAGACAUGAUUGUGAAGAUGUAUAGAGAAGUCUAUAUUAAGAAAUACGAUGUUAUAGACGAGCUUUACUUAAAAUGGCAACAAAAGCAACUGUCAGGUCAAGGUCAACAAGAAAAAGUUGUUAUUAAUGAAGACCCUAAUAACCCAGAUGUUUCGGAUAGUGAAGAUGAAGAUGAAGACGAGCAACCAGCUUUGGUGCAACCUAAUGAUUCUAUGGAUCUAGAUGAACCACAGGCCCCAAUAGUUGACGAUGAUGGUUUUGAAUUGGUGCAAAAGAAAGGACGUAAAGGAGGUAGAAGGUAA